AUGCAAAACACAUUUGGCCUCACAAGCCGCGGUGGCAACAACGUCCGUUCUCGUGGCACCUACCGUAAACGCGGCGGAGGCCCAAGGUCCGGCAACUACAAGAGCGCCACCGAAAAAGCCAUCGCCAACGCAGCAGCGCAGCUCGUCAAAGGAGUAGAAGACGGCUCUGCUGUCGAAGAGCGUUUCCAACAAGUCAAAGAACGAGACGAGAUCGACGAGAAACUCGGAUUCCAUCGUCUAGAGCAAGGACAAACACGGCAAGCAUGGCUCGUCAACAUGCAUCCUACACUCCUUCGCGAUCCUGAUCACCCUACAGGCAAGAGCGGUGUCGACUUCUACUUUAUCGAGGACGACGCUAGCAUGUUCAAAGCUACCGUUCUCUACCAGCCCUAUUUUCUCGUCGGAUGUCGUCCAGCUUCCGAAAGCUCCGUCGAAGAAUGGUUGAGGCGAAGAUUCCAAGGUCUUAUCCAGUCAAUACAGCGUGAUCGCAAGGAGGAUCUCAAGCUUCCUAACCAUUUGCUUGGUCAUCAGAGACUCUAUCUGCGACUCACUUUCCUCAAUGUUCAAGACCUUCUCUCAGUGCGCAAGGAGCUGUUGCCGAUUGCAAAAGCAGCACAGAAGAAGCUCUCUGCUGUCGAUACAUAUGCCGACGUCCUCAGUGCCGCUUCGGCAGCAACGGCCAGCGCGUCGAUCGAGAUCGAAAUGGAUGCUGCCCACGGAGAAUCUGCCGGUCUUGUCGGUGAAGAUGGUUGGACAGGAGAAAGAAAGCGUGCUGCUGCAAGCGCAUUGGACCCUGCAGAGUGUCUCGUUGACAUUCGUGAAUACGAUAUUCCUUACUACCUCCGUGUUGCGAUCGAUCAAGAUAUCCGAGUCGGUCUCUGGUACGAUGUCAGCUUCGAGGACGGUAUUGUUAGCCUCAAGAUGGUCACUGAUCGAGUCAAGCGUGCUGACCCUGUCGUCAUGGCUUUCGAUAUCGAGGUUACCAAGCAACCACUCAAGUUCCCCGACGCCGAGACCGACGCCGUCAUGAUGAUCUCCUACAUGAUCGAUGGUCAAGGUUACCUCAUCACCAACCGCGAGAUCGUUUCCGAAGACAUUGAAGAUUUUGAAUAUACCCCAAAAGACGAGUACGAAGGUCCCUUUAUCAUUUUCAACGAGCCCAACGAGUUGCGGGUCUUGCAGCGCUUCUUUGAGCAUUUCCGCGACGCCAGACCGACUGUCGUUGCGACGUACAACGGUGACUCGUUCGAUUUCCCUUUCAUCGAUGCACGUGCUAGAGCACAUGGUCUCAAUAUGAUGAAUGAGAUCGGUUUCUCGAAAGACUCAGACAACGAGUACAAGUCGCGUGCGACGGCGCAUUUGGAUUGCUUCAGAUGGGUGCAGCGUGAUUCGUACUUGCCACAAGGUUCGCAAGGUCUCAAGGCUGUCACUGUCGCCAAGCUGGGAUAUGACCCGAUGGAACUCGACCCGGAACUCAUGACACCUUACGCGAUCGAACAGCCUCAGACGCUGGCUCAGUACUCAGUUUCCGAUGCCGUUGCAACUUACUACCUCUACAUGAAGUAUGUGCACCCUUUCAUCUUUUCGCUCUGCAACAUCAUCCCGCUCAAUCCAGACGAGGUGUUGCGAAAAGGCUCAGGUACGCUAUGUGAGACGCUUCUCAUGGUUCAAGCUUUCAAGGGUAACAUCAUCAUGCCUAACCGUCACGAGGAUCCUGUUGGCAACACGUACAAGGGUCACCUUCUCGAAUCCGAGACCUAUGUCGGUGGACAUGUCGAAGCCCUCGAAGCUGGUGUUUUCCGAUCCGAUAUCAAGACCGAUUUCCGCGUCGAUCCAGCAGCCAUCCAGCAACUCAUCGACGACCUCGAUGCGGCUCUCCAGUUUAGCAUCCGAGAAGAAGGAAAGCUAGCCCUUGAAGAUAUCGAAAACUAUGACGAGGUCAAAGCAGAAGUCCGCACUAUGCUCGAAGUGAUGCGGGACAACCCAAUCCGCAAAGACCCUCCUUUGAUCUACCAUCUCGACGUAGCCGCCAUGUAUCCCAACAUCAUGUUAAGCUACCGUCUCCAACCGGACUCGAUGGUGAGUGAAGCCAUGUGUGCCACCUGCGACUACAAUCGACCUGGCAUGAAGUGCGAUAAACGCAUGGAUUGGGCAUGGCGUGGCGAAUACUUCCCAGCCAAACGAGACGAAGUCAAUAUGAUCCGCAACGCUCUCGCCAACGAAACUUUCCCGCCCAAAGCAGCCCAUCUUGCACGCCGAACGUUCGACGAUCUCGAACAGAACGAACGCACCGCUCUCCUCCACAAACGUCUCGGCGACUACUCGCGCAAAGUCUACCGCAAGACUCACGAGUCUAAAACGGUGAUUCGAGAAGCCGUCAUCUGUCAACGCGAGAACCCGUUCUACAUCAACACCGUUCGUGAUUUCCGUGAUCGUCGAUACGAAUACAAGGGACUUCAUAAAACAUGGAAGAAGAACCUCGACUCGGCCGAAUCGCUCAACGACACCAUCGAAGCCAAGAAAAUGAUCGUAUUAUACGACUCGCUGCAGUUGGCGCACAAGUGUAUCUUGAACUCGUUCUACGGUUACGUGAUGAGAAAAGGUGCGAGGUGGUAUUCGAUGGAGAUGGCGGGUAUAACUUGUUUGACGGGUGCAUCAAUUAUUCAGAUGGCCAAAGAGCUGGUUGAACGGAUUGGAAGACCAUUGGAGUUGGACACGGAUGGUAUUUGGUGUAUGCUCCCCGGUGUGUUUCCUGAAGAUUUCAAGUUCAAAGUUAAAGGAGGCAAGAAGUUCGGCAUCUCCUACCCUUGCACCAUGCUCAACCACCUCGUCCAUGAGAAGUUCACCAACCACCAGUACCACGAGCUCGUCGACAAAUCCACCGGUCGAUACGAAAUUCGUAGCGAAAACUCCAUCUUUUUCGAACUCGACGGUCCGUAUAAAGCGAUGAUCCUCCCCUCCUCAAAGGAAGAGGAUAAGCUGCUCAAGAAACGCUAUGCAGUCUUCAACCCGGAUGGUUCUUUGGCCGAAUUGAAAGGCUUCGAGGUGAAAAGACGGGGAGAGUUACAACUGAUCAAAGAUUUCCAGAAACAGAUCUUCGAAAAGUUCCUUCUCGGAACCACAUUAGAAGAGUGCUAUGCUGCUGUAGCCAAAGUAGCCAACCAGUGGUUAGAUGUGUUGUUCAGCAAAGGCGCUACGUUGCACGAUGAAGAACUGAUCGACUUGAUCGCGGAGAAUAAGUCGAUGUCGAAAACCUUACAGGAGUAUGGAAGUCAGAAGUCGACUGCGAUUACGACUGCAAAACGGUUGGCGGAGUUUUUGGGUGCCCAGAUGGUGAAAGAUAAGGGAUUGGCUUGUAAGUUUAUUAUCAGUGCCAAACCGUUUGGUGCUCCUGUGACGGAGAGGGCGGUUCCCGUGGCGUUGUUCAAUGCGGAGCCAUCGGUGAAGCAGCAUUACCUGAAGAAGUUUUUGAGAGACAACUCGAUUAUGGAUUUCGAUAUCAGGAAUAUUUUGGAUUGGAACUACUACAUCGAACGAUUCGGAGGGGUGAUUCAGAAACUGAUUACGAUUCCGGCAGCAAUGCAGAAGGUUUCGAAUCCUGUUCCGAGAGUUAGACAUCCAGAUUGGUUGCAUAAAAGGGUUGCGGCGAGGGAGGAUAAGUUUAAACAGAGGAAACUUACCGAUGUUUUUAGGUCGGCUGCUAAACCUACCUCCACCACCCCAGAGACCAGCUCGAAGCCAGCGGUGGCGACUAGCAUAGUGGAGAUCGAACCCGAGGUGGAAGAAGCGGCACCAGACAUGACCGUCGAUUACCCCGGUUGGAUCGCAGUAAUGAAGAAGAAAUGGCGCAAACAGCGAUUGCAGCGAGCUAAAGAUCGCAAAGCCCGUGCCAACGGUUCCUCCACCAGCACUCUCGGUCGCGGUACAGUGGGAUCCCUCUUCUCCAAACGAUCCGCCAAUAUGGCCACUGCAGUGUGGGACAUUGUUCAAAUAUGCCCCACCUCUCGACCUGGAGAAUACCGAUUGUGGAUUUCGAUAGACCAACAUCUGCAACAGCUCAAACUCAAAGUCCCUCGUCAGUUCUAUGUCAACUUCAAAUCCCACCCUUCCGACUUGGUCUUCCUUUGCAACCUCUACACCGCCGAACGUCUCGUCAAAACGCUUCCUCGCAAUACCCCCUGUCGACACCUCUACCGGAUUACGGUGGAUGAAGAUGUGUAUCAGGACCAAGAAGCACAUUUUAGCCAACUCAUCCACCACCCCAACGUCGAAGGUGUAUACGAGAAACAAGUUCCGUUGGAUGUAAGGGCACUGAUUCAGUUGGGUUCGACUUGUGUUUACGGUCGGAACGCCGGUGCGCAGAAGUUGAGUAAAGCGUUGGAUGCAGGGUUCAGGUUGGAGGAUUUGGCGAUGCCGACGUCGAUGGAUAUUUCGCCCAGUCAUAAGUAUCUGUCGGGUGGUGCAGGGGUGAGGUACUUUUAUCUGUACCAUGCGAACAGGGACGGAAGGCAUGUGAUGAGUCUUUUCAGUCCAGAGGGAGAGAUAAAGGUGCACAUCGUGGAUAGUGCCGGGUUGAGACAAGUGCCGAACUUGGAAACGAUGUAUGCUGAUCGUGUAGCCCAUAUGCGGAAGCGCGGGAAGCUCGAACCCGGAAGUGGAGUGUUCGAAUACAACGAUAGUAUGCGGGUGGAUGUUCGAGUUCACACCUCCGCGUCUCGCGCUUUGAAAGCUCUCACGAAAGACCUCUCCACCUUGAAAGCGGCCAAGCAAGGAUCGGCGAUGCUAGCACUCUGCACGUCCAAAAAUCAGUCCUACUACGAAUCGCACAUCCCAAGUGUCGCCGAGUUCCCAGUGGUAAAGAUCGCCGCAGCAGCACUGGAAGAUGAACUUCCAGCGUUAGGAUGGCAGUUGUAUUCAGCGAGAAGGAUGUUUCAGUGCUACUUGCGUGCGUCGAGCUGGAUCAAAGGCUGGAUCGAUUUGGCCAGCCACUUCGACUUGCCGCUAUGUAACAUGGAGAAGGACUUUACGAUCUUUGGUGCAGAUAUCGACUUUGCCAGAAGGCUGGUCAAACAGGAUAUGGUGUUAUGGUGGUCUCCUCACCCGCAACCCGACUUGGGUGGGCGAGAAGAGGAUAUCCACGCGCAAUCAAGAUGGGACGAACAAGAAUCGCUUGAAAUCUCGCAUGCUGGUGCCUACUCGACCGUUUGUCUUGAAGUUGGACUCGUCGAUUUGGCUGUAGAUUCGGUGUUGCAGUCAAGCACGGUGAACGAGAUGGAAGGUAGCACAUCCAGCCUUGCCUUCGAAGGAACCUCUCACUCUCUCGACGAAUAUUCCCGUGGCACAGUCGAAUCUUCCACCAUCCUCGGCGACUCCGUUCUAACCUCAGCUGUCUUGGCCGCCGUCAAGAGCAUGGUGAGAACUUGGUACACUACAAAACGACGAUCUCGCUCUCCUUACUCCUCUUUGCUUUCGGAUAACUUUUGGCGUUGGGCAUCAAGCGAUUCAUCGGCACUGUUCGAACCAGCACUGCAGAGGUUUUUGUUCGGAUUGAUGAAGAAAACCCUCCUCCAGCUGUUGGCCGAGUUCAAGAGGCUAGGAGCGAGUAUCGUUUACGCUUCGUUUAGUAGGUUGUUCUUGUUAACAAGUAAGCCAGGUGCAGCGAAUGCAAUGGCGUAUUCGAGGUAUUUGAUGACAGCGGUGACGAGUAGGGAGUUGUUCAAGCAUGUUCAGUUGGAAAUCAUUCAUUAUUGGGAGUAUUUGUUGUGGAUGGAUAGUGCAAAUUUUGGUGGGGUUAUUGCCGACACAACCGACCUUGCUACUCCUGCAAACUUGGAAGAGGCUGGAGAAGAGGCUGGUGGAAGGGGAAAGGAGGGAGUGGCGUUCAACGUAGAGAUGAAUUGGAAUAUCCAAACAUUCCUACCUCUUGCAGUCCAAGAAAAAUUUUCGGUGGCGGUAGGAUCAUUUAUCUACAGUCUAUACGAGUUUAAACGUCGAGCUGCUCUUGCUGGUGAUCUGGAAAGAACACCUGUUCGGGCUGUCGAACCGAACACUCCUGCUCAAAGUACUCCUUCACACGGCGACAAGGACGAAGGAUGCCUAACCGGCAUCGCAGCUUCAACCAAGUUCAGCGCCGAUCUCAUCAACCACACAAUGACACGAAAACUUCUCAAGCAACUCUCAGAACUCAAAAGCGCGAUGCAAGCGAGUUCGGACGAAAUCAACGCAGCCAUAGUUCGAGACGAAGAUGAAGAAUAUAUCGAUAUGCUCACUACGGAACACAAAAGGAUUUGGUCUUUUCCCGUCCUCCCUGGAUCCUAUCUGACGCUAUCGAAUCCGUUGUUGGAGUUCAUCAAGACUACGACAGCGGUGUUGGGUUUGGCAAAGGAGAACUCGAUCGAGGUGCAAAUCCUGAAGAGGAACUUGUUGGACAUGAUCAACGUUCGAGAGUUUUCCGCCGAGGCGGAAUUCAGAAACCCGUGCGAAUCGUUUAAACUUGCUCUCGUCAUCUGCACCUUCUGUAACGACGAUCGCACUUUGGAUCUUUGCAGAGAUCCAGACCUCAUGCCAGCCGGAGCCGAAGCAGGGGGAGCGGUGGCAAAAUGGAAAUGCAGCAAAUGCGCAUUCCCCUACAACAUCGCCCAACUCGAAUCUCGUCUAGUCAACAUCGCCCUCGGCUAUCUCGAAUCUUUCCAUCUGCAGGACCUAAGAUGCAACAAAUGCGGUGCAUUGAAACACACCAAUCUGCAACAACAUUGCGAUUGUUCAGGUGCAUACGGUCUGAUGGUUACGAGGAAGGAAACGUUGAGGAGGCUGAGGAGUUUGUUGACGAUAGCGCAAUUUCAUGGAUUGGGGUCCGUACGGGUGGCUGUGGAGGGGAUUUUGGCGAUGAUAUAG